AAUGCCUAAUUGGUAGAAACUAACAGUUAAUCUAUUCUUUUCAUACUGUCAUUACCCAGCCCAAUGGAAGUGUAAUUAUCCAUUUUGAUAGACGACUACCUUUGUUAUUUUUCAGGUGACAGAUGCGCUUUAAAAUCGCUUAUAAGUGAACACAUUAAAGAAUUUGUCAGAGUUUACCUGUAAUUCACGGGCACACAUGUACAAACCAGUUUUCAAGUCAAUACCUGUUAAGAUGUAGUGAGCAGAUACCAGUAAUGGGAGGGGACAGGUUUACUUGUUAUUAGAGCUGCCCCGGGGCUAGAGCAGUGAAAGAGGAAGAGCUGCUCAUGCUAUUAGCUGAACACAAAUUCUCCUGCACUCAAGCAGUUUUAAUAGGAAGAUAAUCUUCUAAGGAAAAUAAUUUUUUGCUUUUUCUAAAUUUUUUUAUUUGUUGUAACACACUUUUUCUGAGGAACACCUAAGAAAGCAAACAUACGACAUAAUGAGACCCAACAGAAGGUUGUGCUUUAUACUGGUUGUGCUGGUUCCAUUAAGCUUAUUCUUCUUCCAUGUGAUGACCAAGUCUGACAAAGUGGUGGCCGUAUGGAACAGAGAAGCCCCCGAGGACAUUCUGGAUAAUAGCAUACUACAGCCUGCAGACAAAUAUGCUCACAUAUCCUUGAAAUGGAAAGAAGAAAUUUUAGAACUUUUGCCAAGAAACAGUUGCAAAUGUGAAGCUCAGGCCACUCUAGACAUUCCUUUUAGACAAGAGCUCCUUGGAAAACCUUAUGCCGUCGACUUUACUUCAGAUGUGGAGCCUUCAUUAUUUGAGGAUACCUAUAGACGAAGAGAACUGGAAUAUAGUAACUUCAAAAUGAGGUCAUACAAUCCAGCUGACAAGUUUAUUGUUGCUGAAGCAAACUCCCCAUUGCAAUAUCCAGUACAAGGCUUAGUGGUCCGACCACUUAAAACAAUACUUAUAACAGGUUUACGUUUACUUGAUCUCAAUAAAAAAAAUGUUUAUGAGGUGAGUCUUUCAGGUACAAUUGGGACGUUUAACGUGGCUGCAGAGGUAGAUGGUGUAACAAUAAAAGGAACGAGUGAAAAACAGAUCACGCUAUCAAGCCAUCUUCUGGACAAUUUGAAUCGCCAGCUUCAGCUUAUCUCAUAUACCAACACCAUUUUUCAUCCAAAUACAGCAGACAUUGUUCAGUUUCAGACAAUCGGACACACAGCAUCAUUUACCAUCAAGGUCCGCCAUCCAAUGGUUCCUAAACUGUUCGAUGCAGGAAAUAGUAACUCAAAAUACAACAUUAGCGCCCUCGUCACCAUAGCGACCAAAACGUUUAUUCGAUAUGACAAGCUGCAGGAUCUAAUAGACAGCAUCAGGAAAUUUUACCCUACGGUACCCAUCAUUAUAGCCGAUGACAGUAAAACACCCCAGAAAGUUGAAGGUGCCCAUGUGGAACAGUACAUCAUGCCCUUUGGAAAGGGUUGGUUUGCUGGCAGAAAUCUGGCCAUCUCCCAAGUGUCCACAAAGUACGUCUUGUGGGUUGAUGAUGAUUUUAUAUUUUGUUCUCGCACCAAGAUCGAAAAACUGGUUGAAGUUCUAGAGAAGACAAGCCUGGAUAUAGUUGGUGGUGCUGUGAGGGAAAUUACAGGAUAUAGUCAAACAUAUCGACAGAAGAUUAAUAUCGAACCAGGUGGCAAAGAAGGUGACUGCCUUAAGACAAUUCAGGGUUAUCACCAUGUCAUUGAGGGGUUCCCCAACUGUGUCGUGGUUGAUGGAGUAGUGAACUUCUUCUUGGGGCGAACAGAAAAAUUGAGGAAAGCUGGUUUUGACCCACGAUUGUCAAGAGUUGCUCAUUUAGAAUUCUUUGUAGACGGACUUGGAGAAUUACACGUAGGGUCGUGCGAUGACGUCAUUGUAGACCAUGCUUCAAAAAUCCACCUUCCAUGGUCUCAAACACAAUCAGAUAAGGAAUAUUUGAAUUUCCGUUAUCCUAAAACUACGAAAAGUAUCCAACAUGAGUUGUAUUACUUUAAAAAUCGCUUCAAGUGCAUGACUGGAAACUGAAAGAGAGAUCCAAGUGUUGUCCAAUGAACAAAAACAAGAAAAUGAUUUGGAAGGAAUUCUUUUUUUUUUUAUGGACUUGGAUGGGGAGAAAACAUCUGGUCCUAAAAUUACAAUUGGAGGCGCUGCUUUCAAAAUCAUUCGCCCUGACUGUAGAUUUUGUCACUACAGUCACAUCUGUUAUGGGGUAAAAAACGAGGAAGAGGAAUAAUAUUCUGCAAAGAUUACGCAAUGACACUUUUUUUUACAGACCAGCCAAAUUACACUGUAGCCUACAGCGUAUCCUUGGCUGUAUACCUCUUAGAAGCAGUGAUAGAAAACUCCUUGGAUAAUACCAUCUCAAGGUUUUUUUAAACCAACGCCUUCAUUGCUUUUUGGAAGUGGAAUGACAGAUUCAAUGACAUUUGACCGCUAAAUAUGCUGCUAAAUACAUCAACAGGUGGAUCACUGAAUAAGAAAUCAAUGUGAAACAUAACCUGCCUUGUCAGGGUACUUCUAAACAGUACACCACCUGCAUGGAGUGUGUAUGCUUCUGUUUCUUUUUGGAGUAUAUCUUAGGACAACAUAAAAAAAAAUCUGUACGCCUCAGCAAUACAUGCACAUUUCCCCAUGUUAUGUCCGUUAAAACAUGCUGCAUGUACGGAACAAUGCCCGUGAUAUUUCAAAAAUCCAGUGAGCUCCUAAUCCUGUUUGGAUUGACUGAAAAUGACUUCCUGCGUUUAGCUAUUGCCGCAGGGAUACUACUUGGUUUAAUGAAGAGGCAAAAGCAUAGGAAAAUCUUUGAUCUCUUUGGCAAGAACUCUUUUACAUAAACAAAGGGAAUUUGUUUUUUGUUUUGUUUUUUCUCAGUGCCCAAGUCAGGGAGAGUCGUAUCGAGGCCAAUGGUACAGCAAUCCCAGCAUAACAAGCAGAUUUUUCAUUAUUUAUUGUACA